UCUGUUAUGUCUGCAUAUUGACAGCAUAGACAACAGGAGUUUUGCUUUGCUGUGGGUCUAUAGAUUAAAUGUGUUAUGCAAAAUCACAUAUUUUCCUGUUUUCCAUUGUGGGCAAAAGUAUGGGAGGAUAAUGCUUACUUUGGUUAAUAUGAGCUGUUUAGAUCUUCCUUAGAAAAAACUAGGUUAAUUUGGGCUACAGUUGUUGUUGAGCAAAUUGCAGGAAAUCCCAAAUCAUCUAAUUUAUUCAUGAAAAUUUCAGAGUUAUAGAAAGACAGUGAAAUUCCAUUUUUGUUAUGCCCUCUCUGAAACACUAUGUGCCAUAAGGGAAUAUAAAUUUAGGAUUGCAUUAUGAGACAUCUGUUGUUGCCUUUAUUUCCCCCCCCCCCUGUUUUGAGUCAAUACAAAUAACAAAAGACUCUCAAAUUGGCAGAAAUGUGCGCUUUUUGAAUGCAGUUUUGUUAACAAGUAUGAAUUCAAGAUUUUCAGGAUGUUAUACGUGUACUUGGUAUUAAUUCAGUGUACAUUGGGCUUGGAUCCAUGAUGCUUGAGUCAGUGUGUAGGGUCUGCCAUUAUUUUCAGGUGAGUUUUCUACAAAGGAGUAGCAACAGCAAAUGCACGAGUGAUUUGUACACUCAGUUUUCAUAAUUCUAGUGUAUCAUGGGAAAGGCAAAAUGGUGCCUGUUUCCCUAUGGCAGUGAUGGCCAAACUUGGCCCGCCAGCUGUUUUGGGACUACAGUUCCCAUCAUCCCUGACCACUGGUCCUGUUAGCUAGGGAUGGUGGGAGUUGUAGUCCCAAAACAAGUUUGGCCAUCACUGCCCUAAGGGAAUGUGUGAACUUUGGACCUUUUUUUGAGCAUACACAUCUUUCUGCUGGGGAGGUGUGCAAGUUGUUCCAUACAUGUUAAUAUACAAGCACCAAAAGAGGAUGUACAAGUUAGUUGGACAUUUUCCAUUACCACUUCUUUUUAAUUGAGGAAACCACCCUCCGUCUUGGCUCCCAGUUAUUAUGAAUAAUAGUAGUAUUCAUUAAUGAAAUGUUCAGUAUUGCACUUUGCAAAUAAUAGUGGUCCUACCAACUGUGGUAAAAAGCAGGGGAAAUUGUCAGAUCUUUUGCUCUGUAAACCUGGUUCUUUAAUUCUAAUGUGGUUGGAGAGGAUGGAUAAAGUGUUGUGAAAUAGUGAGAGAAAUGAGCUCUGCACAUGUCCAGAGGAACUUUCAUAAGUUAUAGGGCUGAGGGUAUUUGAAGACAUGGUUGAGACCUAAUGAGUCCUAGCACAUAUGAGAUACUGCAUAUUACUCUAUUGUUCUCUGUUAUUGGGCUGUCUGUAUGAAAGAGAGGGAGAGGGUGGGGUUUGAAUUUCUGAAGUGGCACAGGCAUGAUAAGGACUGAAUUUUGAAUCCAAAGUACAUACCACUUGCUUUUGCAUCACUGUAAGCAAGACGUAACAUAUGUGUUUGGAAGUUAAAUGUGACAUUUCUUGAGUGGAGAUACUCAGUACCUCACAUGUAGGAUAUAUCUGUGUUUGCAGAGCAGGGCCAGGCUUCAGUAUCACCCUUCUCGUCUGAUCUUAUUCUGCAACAACCAUUUCAGUGCACAAGACACUACUCAUAUAGGGACUACAUGAAGUCGGGAUACCCAGUUGCACAGGGGCCCCAAACAUGGAAAGCCCUGCAAGUGAAUAGUGGUCAUGCAUUUGAAUUUUUCAGCAGGCAGUGCACACAAGAUAGAUUUGUUGCAGGAAAAAGACCUGGGGGCUUGGCUAAAAUUGCUGCCACACACCAUCAUCAAAACAGGUAUGGUCUACAUGCAGGCAACGUGUGAACAGGGCUACUGUGGACAUUGUCAUGUUUGAAGUAUGGCAUGGGAUCCUUAGCUAAUGAGUGCUAAUCAGUGACCCGAUUGUGUACUUCCUGCAAAAUGAACUCUUUUCCAGGGGGCACAGCUAGAAUCUCUUCACAAAGGUCUCCAUUCACAUAAAUUCUUCUGUGGCUCAUGGUAAAAUCUCCUGGCCACCCCUAUGCUACAGUAUUUUGCUCACCACAAAAUUGACCUAAGGGGAGCAGGUGCCUACGGUAACUUAAUGACUAAUGGCUAAUGAGAAAGUGGAGCUGCCUGGGGAUAAAAUUACUGGCUUCAGAAGUGGGGAAACAAAAUGAAAUGUUUGAACCUGAGGACCAGAGAACCCAUAGAGGGCACCAGGACAGGUGGCUGGAUUUUACAUAUUAACUAGAAAUGAUUAGCUAAAUGUCUGGCCCUAAGCCACUGUAGCAGUUCAGUAGCUUGUUAUUUUUCCUUCCUUCUAGUCUAUUCUUUCUUAUUUGUUUUCUUCUCAUGAUAGCUAGUGGAACAUUAUUCCUACAAAGCAGAUGGACUUCUAAGAAUCAUCACAGAUCCAGUUCCAAAUCCUAACUUGAAAAAUGCCACCUUUACCUGUCCGGAAUGAUGAUUCUGGAUUACUUUUUACAACAUCAACGACAUCAUUACCAUCGGCCGCUUUCCCAGAUAACCCUUAUGGGCCACCACGUGUAAAGCAAGGUGAUCAGAGGUUGCCCAUGGACACAGAGGUCUACGAGAGUCCAUAUGCAGACCCAGAAGAGAUAAAAACUAAAAAUGUCACCCUGGACCGAAGUCUGCUGGUCCUGGAAGACCACGAACUCGGUUCUGGUAAUUUUGGCACUGUGAAAAAAGGCACCUAUGAAAUGAAAAAGGGAAAGAAGACAGUGGCUGUGAAAAUUCUCAAGAACGAAAGCAACGACCCCUCCCUAAAAGAUGAACUGCUGAGAGAAGCAAAUGUUAUGCAACAGCUGGAUAACCCAUAUAUUGUCCGAAUGAUAGGCAUAUGUGAGGCCGAGUCCUGGAUGUUGGUAAUGGAAAUGGCUGAACUUGGCCCCUUGAAUAAAUAUCUGAUAAAACACAGAGAUGUCGCAGAAAAGAAUAUCAUUGAGCUGGUUCAUCAAGUUUCCAUGGGGAUGAAAUAUUUGGAAGAAAACAACUUUGUGCACAGAGAUUUAGCUGCGAGAAACGUACUGCUGGUCACACAACAUUACGCCAAAAUCAGUGACUUUGGACUUUCCAAAGCCCUUGGUUCUAAUGAUUAUUACAAGGCAGAACAUUAUGGGAAAUGGCCGGUCAAGUGGUAUGCUCCAGAAUGCAUGAACUUCUUCAAAUUUUCGAGCAAGAGCGAUGUUUGGAGUUUUGGUGUUUUAAUGUGGGAGGCUUUUUCCUAUGGGCAAAAGCCAUACAAGGGUAUGAAAGGUGGGGAGGUUGCUCAGAUGAUUGAAAGAGGAGAGCGAAUGGAAUGUCCAGAAAACUGCCCACCUGAGGUCUAUGAGUUGAUGAAAUUAUGCUGGACAUAUGACGUCGAUGAUCGGCCAGGAUUUUCUGCAGUGGAGUUCAGGCUGCGCAAUUUCUACUAUGACAUGGCACAAUAAGAGCACUGUGUACUGAAUGGCUGUAAAUGGAGACACCAUGCAGGAGGCAAAUAUGAAGAAUGAAGAUGCUCUCUGGUGAAAAGAGUUCUGCUGUACAAAUGCCUUUGCAGCUUUUCAGAGCGUUUCUGCAGGAAUCGUUUUCCAAGUGGGGUUGCGUUUGUUCUUUGGAUAUUAAUUGUGCUUUUAACCUAUUGAUGCUGUUGGACUGGUAAGAAUGCUGGAGAAGACUGUCCCCACGCACUUUUCCUGCUCUCAGUAGAAUACCCGCAAUGCUAUUAAGAGAUGUUCAGUGCCUUAUUUGAUACUGCCACUUUCAUAACCUUUCCUUGGGAUAGUCAACACAGGGAUUGAUUUUGGACCGGAACUGAGUCCUGACCCUGCUUCAAGUAGCCGAUUUCAGCCUUAAAACUGUGUUUGCCAAUGUAAAAUGCAGAAGAAGUGUGUUGUUCAUGUGCUAAACAAGAGCCUUGCUUUGGCCUCUGCUAGUACUUCUUCCUCACUGUUAAGUCCUAUUGAACACAGAAAUCUAAUUAUUCUGUAGGCUAUGUUCCACAACAGCAGCCUAAUCACGCCCUCUUUCUUGAGCUAUAUAACUUAAGGCUGCAAUACCUAAGGAAAUACUUGAGCAGUGAUUCUUGUUGAUUGACUUCUGAGUAUACAUUUUUAAAAAUGAACUAUAAUUUUCACAGUAACGAAAUACAGUGGUACCUCGGGUUAAAAACUUAAUUCGUUCUGGAGG